CUUCACCUCCGAGCUCCGACCUUCUUUCUUUCCUUCACAACAACCACAACAAUAACAAUAACAACAACGACAUCGACAACACCACUUCAUCGAUUUCAAUACGCAGGGAGAGAUCUUUCUGGUUGCCCAUAUAGCGACAUUGCUUACCAAGUAUCGUUGCUCGGUCACCUGGAAGCUUCGAGCACUAUCGUGCUUCCCACACAUUUCGACGUAACCGCGAUGAAGCCUGUCAUCACGACCCAGGGCAAGACAACUCAGCUACGCUACGAACUUCCUCAUCGCGUUCACGAUGCCAAGAUAUAUCCCUUGAAAGCACCUAAUGGCUCCACGAUCACGCUGUACGGCCAUGAAGCGGGCAUUGGCAUACUUUGGAGAGGUGGACGCCCGCUCAAGAAGUGAUGCUAUCAUGAUCAUAGACUCCGAUGAUGAUGAGCCCCCCGCGAAGACGGAGGCUCAAGCGCCACCACCCGCCGAGUUCGAGGAAGAAGAAGAAGAAUUGGAUCCAGAGCAACCGUAUCCCUCCAUCGUCCAACAGGUUCGGCUUUCUCUCAAUACCGAGGUCCUACAUAUUGGGGUUCCCCAAAUACCUGCAGUAUCAUCACUCCGGCCUGCAGAUACGAUACCAGCUAUAUUUGGUGACAAGAUGGUUUUCACUGUCGCUUGCGCAGAUUACAGCGUUCGGGUGGUGACAUUACCUUUAAGUCCACCAUCAAACGCGGCGAAGGAGGCACCUGCGAAAACAGCCUCUCAAUUCGGGGAAAGCAUCAUCAAGAUCCCUACGCAUGCUGGGCACCAGAGCAUCCCCAGAGGAGUUGCCAUGACUUGGACAACACGCGCUGAACCACGUCCCGAUACACAAGACCAGGAGAUGGAUGUCGAUGAUGACGAAACCCAAGGUGCCGGUAAGAGGAAAAAGGCGGCUUCUGGAAGACAUGGCCAGUCAUUGUCUGCCGAAGACGGGAAAUCGGAAGGCUGGGAUCUGCUUGUUGCUUCUCACUCUAUUGAUGUUGGUGGUCUAAUAAAAAUCUACCGUUUCCAGCUCACGGAAACGGGAGUAGCGAUCAAAAACCCUGUAGUGCCCUAUCAGGUUGUCAAACUCCGCACGCCUCCCUCAACAAUUGCAUUCAACACUGCCCAAUGGCCAAAACGCCGUCAUUCCCAACUUUUGAUUGCCGAUGCUACCGGUACUGCUAGGAUAUAUGACCCAUUCGCAGUCAAGCACCGUAAAGGCCAGACCAGUGCUGAAGUAGAGCUUGGAGCCUACAUUGCUCUUUUCAGGAGCACUUACGAUCGCACUCAAAGCAGCUUACCUACGCCGCCUAUCCUUGCCGCUCGAAAGCCGAUUAUUGAUGCCGUGUGGACAUCUGACGGACAUGGCAUAUUCGCCUUGCUCGGGGAUGGCGAAUGGGGGGUCUGGGAUAUUGAGGCAUCAACCCUGAACCAGCGGCGUGACCCUUCAGAUUUCUCUUCUCGAGGAUUCGUUGGAUCAUCUGAAGAUCGGUCCAGUGGUUCGGAGCCAAGUCCCAAGCGUAGUGCGCGAGGCAAUCUCGUGCCGAUGACCCCCAAUACGCGUCGCACGAAGCAACAGAGCCUCUUCUCUAGCACAACUACUAGCUCUUCAGCUCCGAUACAUGGCUCUUUGUCCAUUGCUUCCUUGCCAUCGUCCGAGGGUGGUGUGCCUAUAGACUCAGUUCUCAUAGAGUAUGGAGUCGAUGUUUACAGAAUAUCAAACUUGGCACAAUUCACAACUCGUAGCGCAUCCGGGAGCAGCAGCACCAGUCCUCAUAAGCUUCAAGGAUUGAACUUGUUGGGAGAGUCAUUGGUUUCUGCAGCCCAAUUCGAUCUCAGUGUAGAAGAAGCCCGCAAGGCAAUACCGAGAGACGUUCUGAUCGCAACGGAUCACAGACUCAUCAUUCUCACUAAUACGAAACAGCCGUUAGACGGAAACCAGGAUCCUACGUUAGACAAAGAGCAAGCAGAGGAAAAAGAAGCGCGGCGGACAGACCAAGCCCUUCUGGCGCAAGGCGAGCUUGACAUCGGAGGGAUGGGCAGGCUCUUGGAGGAUAUGGAAGGAAGCGGAAGUCGAAGUCUUGCGCUUGGUAACCCUCGAAAGGUCCUUUUUGCAUCCUCGACAUCUUGACUGUCACAAUGAUGGCAUAUAUUUGGCUACGGCACAGUCACACUGGAGAAAGAGGCCCAAAUUUUGGCUACGCAAUCCUAAGAUACCCCUAGAACAGCACCGGAGCAUUUCAGCGCCACCUGAGUGCAGAUUAACACCCAACCACCCGACUGUGCUCCUCUAUUGGACUCAGAAUCCACUACAGUCUGAGGAUCAAUGAUAAUUCCCCUGCACUUCCCUCCGUCGGCCCCUCCCACAAUGUGACGCUC